UUGAUCCAUUAAAUUUUUCAAGGAAGAACAUUACUCAUGCUAGCUAGCUGUCGACGUGUUUGAACUCAGAACCACUAUAACCAGGUCUGCCCGCCCACUGCUCUCGAUCAUCAUCACUCUUCACCGCAUUAAUAAUUCUCUGCUUGCUGGGACCCAAGCUACUGGCCGCCGGAGAGGGCGGGCAUGCACUCCAACUCUUGUUUCAUUUCCAGCCUAGCUCCUUUCUGAUGGAUCGAUCUUCCAUGAUCCACUCAGAAAACUCAACUACUUUGCCAAUUUCUUCUACUACUCAUGUGAUCUCACUCUUUUUCAUUCUAAUUGCCAUCAUGUUUGGUUUGUGUAAGCUUUUUUACAAGAUAAUUCGCUCCUCCAUCAUUUGGGAUUUUGUGAUCUUGCUUUACGAUUCCUUCUCCAAAGGGUCGUACGAGCAUGAUGAUGACAUAUUGGCAGAUAGCAGCAGUAGUACUACUGCUCCAGAACCAGCGAUCGGCGUUUACGAGUGGAAGCCGGCGGCGGCGGGCUCUACUAGGGAAGUAGAAGAAGAAUGUGCAGUGUGUCUGAGCAAGAUUGAAGAAGGAGAAGAGAUGAGAGAGCUGAGAUGCGAGCAUCAUUUUCACAGAGUUUGCUUAGACAGAUGGAUUGGAUACAAGGGCGUAACCUGUCCCCUUUGUCGUGAUUUCCUAUUUCUGAGUCAAACUGUCUGCAGCACUGCUGAACUUGGGGUGGAACUGGAAUUGCUGCAUUUUAAAUAUUGUUGUUUGAGUUCUUCCGGUCACCGGCGCGAGACAUGGUGGCUACGCUAGCUAGCUAACAUGCAGCUGAAUCAUCGGAAAACCAUGAAUUGAUGAUCAAAAAGCAUGCAUGCAUGCAUGUAAAAUAUUCCUAAUUGUCAUAUAUUUUACCAAUUAAGAAUAUUUAUCCAUAAUAAUAAUAUAAUAUUUCUGCCAUAUC